AGCACUUUUUGCAACGGCUUACCUACCACAUUCCAGCCUCUUAAAGAAAGACCUUCAAAAUUUACUCUCAAGCCCUAAUAAUCUCUUCUCUCCUUAAAAAAUCGCACAUUUGCUCGUUCUUUGUGUAUAUCAACGGAUUUUGGUAAGAUUGUAAUGAUUUUUCUCGUUUUUAUGGUGAUUAUUAUUGAAACUGCAGAAAGUUCACGUUUUAGCGUUAUUCAAUAACCUUUUGAUUUGGCUGAUUUUCGAUUUGUAAGUUUGCUUGUUGAUCUGUUUGUAUUAUGUGUAUAUAGCGUAUGCUAUUUAUUUUUUGUAUUAAGCAACUGUCAGCUCAUCUAGAUAGGAUAAGGUAUUGUUGUUAGCUUUCUCGUAUUGAUUGAAGUGCAGAACUUUGACUUUGUUACUUGAAAUGGUGGUCGUGCUUUCUAAACGAAUAAAUAAAUUAGGUCAAGUUUUUCGAGUUGUUGGACAGCUAAAGGAUCACUUUUGGUCAAGUAGUUGGCUACAUUCAGUUUCAGAAACAAAAGAUGACAUUGAAACAAUUGCUAGAAUCAUCAAUGACCACCCUUUUCCUGUUCAGCCAUUGCAACCAACACUUAAACUUCAUAUCUCUCCGAGUGUUUUGUCUGCCAAGUUUGUUGAAAAUGUCCUAGGUCGCCUAUUUGCAGCACAUGCAAAUGGACUUAAAGCAUAUGAAUUUUUUGAGUUCUGCCUCCGCCAUUCUGAAUACAGUCCAACCUCAGAUGCAUUUGAGAAGACACUUCACAUACUAGCAAGAAUGCGUUAUUUUGAUAAAGUUUGGGAACUAAUGAAGAAAAUUCAACAGCUACACCCGUCCUUGCUCACUCUUAAGUCAUUGAGCAUCGUGCUAUCAAGAAUAGCAAAACAUCAAUCCUAUGAAGAUGCCCUUGAAGCGUUUGAAAAGAUGGAGAAGCAUUUAUUCCCUGCGAAGAAAUUUGGCACUGAAGAGUUCAAUAUUCUUCUUCGAGCAUUUUGCACGCAGAGGCAGAUGAAAGAAGCUCGUUCGAUAUUCAACAAACUCCACUCAAGGUUCCCACCUGAUACAAAGACAAUGAAUAUCUUGCUUUUGGGAUUCAAGGAAUCAGGGGAUAUUACUGCGGUAGAGUUAUUUUACCAUGAGAUGGUUAAAAGAGGGUUUAAGCCUAAUAACGUAACGCACGGUAUAAGAAUCGACGCUUACUGUAAGAAAGGUCAUCUUGGUGAUGCUUUGAAACUAUUUGAAGAAAUGGAGAGGGUAAAUUGCUUGCCCACAGUUCAGACGAUAACAACUUUGAUUCAUGGAGCAGGAAUUGCUCGUAAUAUAGCUAAAGCAAAAGAACUUUUCAAUGAAAUUUACAAGAGAAAUUUGCAACCAGAUACUGGGGCCUAUAAUGCCCUUGUGAGUUCUCUUAUCAAAUCCAGGGAUGUUAAAUCUGCAGCAGGCUUAAUGGAAGAGAUGGAGGAGAAAAAUAUUGAGCUUGACCAUUUAACUUACCACACUAUGUUCUGGGGAUUGAUAAGAUCAAAAGAUGUUGGCGGUGUCAUUGAUCUUUACGAAAAGAUGAUCGACAAAAAUUUCUUGCCUAAGGCACGUACUGUUGUGACGCUGAUGAAAUUCUUCUGUGAGAACCGCAGACUUGAUCUGGGCUUAAGUUUAUGGAAUUACCUGAUGGAUAAAGGGCACUGUCCACACUGCCAUUCUCUGGAAAUUUUGGUCACCGGAUUGUGUUCCCGUGGGAGAGUUGAAGAAGCAUUUGAGUGCUCUGAGGAAAUGUUGAAGAGGGGUAGGCACAUGAGUGAGCUAGUGUAUCAGAUGUUGAAGAGGUCUCUCUUACAGCUGGGGGAGGAGGAAAAGUUACAGAAGCUGUACGAAAUGACAAAGAGGUUAGAAAUGAUAUUGCCUCCUUAUGGACAAACAAUUGGGCACAGCCUAGGUGCAGAUCUAGAAGUAAGGAAUUUUUCCUAGAAAAGAGGUGAUCGCACUUCUUACAGGUUUGUUAUUCGGUUUAGUCCUUAUUUUGUGGAUCUAUAGAACUUACUUUGAUGACUUACCUUCAUAUGGGACACUUUAUGCAGUCACUGCAGUGCUACAUAAGAUGCACAUAACUGUUAGAAAGUAAAAUUUUGGCGGUGCCGUCUAAAACUAAAAGUUGGCUAGUUGUCAUGGAAGGAGUAUUGAUUGCAGUGCUACGUGAGAUGCAUAUCGCUGUUAGAAAGCAACAUUUUGGCAGUGCCGCCUAAUAGCACAACCUGUGGAAGUUGGCUAAUUGUCACGGAAGGAAUAUUGGCUUUUUAUGUACGUGCCAAGCACGCUAAGAUCCCAUCACAAGCAACUGGGAAGGAUCUAAAACUAAAGUUGAAUUGGUACUUUGAUUUCUGUAUGCCGAGUGGCCCAGCUCGUGGAAGAGGAGGUGCUACAUCUGUUACUAGUCUCGGGAUUCUAGUCAAGGGGCGGCCGUGGUGGUUUUAGAAAUGCACCUGGGCACGGUCGUGGUCGAGGUCAGGUCAACGGUAGGGCAAGCAACAAGGGUGCUAAGAAGUCAGCUGAGGAACUUGACAAGGAGCUGGAUAGCUACCAUGCCAGUGCUGAAGCCAUGCAGACUUAAUGGUACCAACUCUUAUUGUAUGAUGUUAGACAGCUAAAAAAGAAAGCUGCAAAGGAAGAGUGCCAACAACUUAACGAGCAAUCUCAACAGAAGUCUAUGUUCUCUGAUGUAAAACUUUCAACGAUUACUUUUUGGAUAUUCUAUGCUGGUUUGUUUUGUGUCAAUCUUUCAUUUAGAGUUGAUAAGCAAAAUUAUUUGAAGGGGAACUUUGUUAAAGGGCAGCUUUGGCGUAACAGGUAAAGUUGGUGUCAUGUGACCAGGAGGUCAUUGAUUCGAGCCGUGAAAAUAGCCUCUUGCAGAAAUGAGAGCAUAGCUGGAGCUUAGAGCUUAGUGCACUAAGCUGCUCUUUUAAGCAAAAUUAUAAGAUGGUAUUAUAUCUGUGAUGGACUUUCCAUCUGAAAGAAAAGUUUUCUUUCUGAAUUUA